GAAAAACGUGUUACCAGGGGAUUUGGCACGAAAAACCGCCAUAUCGGUCUGAGUACGUCCGUUGAAGUUUGUUUCUUUAUUAAAAUCGCUGGAUAAAUUUCGUCUGCUAGUGCUACGGAAACUUCUCAACUUGAGCACCGUUGUUUGAGUGACGUUUAGAAGAUUUUGGUAGCCUGAAUACAGUGAUACAUAAUGGAGGAGGGAGGUACUCCAACGAUUAUCAUAAACACCCAGGGCACUACAACUAGUGCCACACAUGGUGGGGGAUCCACACCAAUCCAAAUCUCCAUAGUCAACCAAGGCGACAUGACAAACAUCGUUGAUAGUAGCGGGAACACCUUGUCCAGCCGUGAGGAUGACGUCAUUGCAGUGUUGGGUCAGCUGUUUGAGAGCGCGGAUGACACUCUCCAUCAAAUGGCGCAACAGAUGGUCGUCAAAGAGGCUGAACCAACGCAUCCACCAGAACCAGCCACGACAGAGCCCAACGCAGAAGCCAGCUUGGUCAACACUGGCCGCCAUCGGCCAUUUGUCUGCCAUUGUGGCAAGUCAUACGCUGCCAAGAGCCAUCUUAAGUAUCACCAGAGGAUACACAGCAGCGCCCGGGCCUAUGUCUGUAGGUGGUGCCCGCAGAACUUCAUACAGUUAGGGCAUCUCAAGCGGCAUGAACGGAUCCACACACUCGUCAAGCCUUACACUUGUGAGACCUGCGGCAAGACCUUCCGGCAAAACGGUCACCUCACCUGCCACAAGCGCAUUCAUACCAAUGAGAAACCUUACAAGUGUGACGUCUGCGGCGCAGCAUUCAGACAGAGAAGUGCCAUCUUCCGUCAUAAGAAACGGAAACACACCACUCACCGACACCAUGUGUGCUCAGUCUGCAGUCGUGGGUACUGUGGAGCCGCAGACCUGCGCAGGCAUGAGAAGACACAUGUUAACAUCACUUACUUUGCUGUCCUGAACCUUAAGACAAACACGUCUAAGAUCUGUGGUCACAUCCAGGAGGAUCAUAGCAUUAAUGAACCGCAAUCAGACCCAAACUUAGAAGAAAACAAGUACGUAGUGGAGGGGUCAGAAAUUGCCAAUGCUUGGAAUAUACCUGGACUUACAGCACCCAACAAACCUGCACCGGCACAUCCAAGGCCUUUCUCAUGUGAUAUUUGUGGGAGGUCAUACAAGAACAAAGGCCACUUGGUGUUUCAUACCAAGGUGCAUCUCCCGGACAGGCCCUACAAGUGUCCUGUCUGUAACAAGGGCUUUGUUCAGAAGGGCCACUUGCAGCGCCAUGUCAUGGUACACACAGAUGAAAAGCCUUACGUCUGCCAGAUCUGUACCAAAGUAUUCCGGCAGUCCAGCCAUCUAAACGACCACGUAAAAAUCCAUGAUGAUAGCAGGCCUAACGUCUGCUAUGUGUGCUCCAAGGGCUUCCGCCAGACCAGUGCCCUCAAAAGACAUAUGAUUCGCAUGCAUUCUUCACUUAGGCCGUUCACCUGUGAUACGUGCAACAAGGGUUAUCGUCUGGAGGCAGACUUGAGAAGGCAUCAGUUGCACUCAUGCAUGCAGAAUCCAAAGAGGAAGAAGAAACAAACUACAGACGGAGCAGAUGCCGAUGGAGAGAAGAAUGGAGCGAAAAAGAAAACCACCCCAAAGCAACGUCCCUGCAGAUACAACUGCGAGGUCUGCAGCAAACCGUUCCGAAGCCGCAGCGAGGUUAAAAUCCACAUGCGCACGCACACAGACGAGCGGCCGUUUGAAUGCGGCAUUUGCGGCAAAGUCUUCAAGCUCCUGCCGCAUCUCAAAGACCACAUGCUUAUCCACACCGGUGAGAAACCCUUCCAAUGCGACACCUGUAAAACCUCCUUCCGACGAGUCAGUACCCUGAGACGUCACGUAGUGCGCAUGCAUUCCGUUACUAAGACACACACCUGUAAGAUGUGUGGCAAGGCCUACUUCUCCGCAGUCGACUUGCGACGGCAUGAGAGAAAACACAUAGGAGAAGACUCUGAUCAGGAGAAGAAGAAGAGCAAAGAAGAGAAGAAGCUGAAAAAGCAGAAGAAGAAAGACAAGGAAAGGAAAUUGGCUGAAAAGAAGUUGCUGGAGGAUGAGAACAAGGAAAAAGACACUGUACAGGAUGAAAAUGCAGAACAGAUGGAGCAGGGGGAGGCAUCAACUGAAGUCAGGGAACCAGACGAAUCAGGCAGCGUAUUAGACCAGCAGGACCCCAUUGAUGAAUCCGCAGACAAUGAGACUAGGGUUGAUCCAAAUAUUACAAAGGAUUUAGCCACAGACGAUAAGCCUGUACAGUGAGCUGACAUUGGUCAACUCAUUUAAUCCGGGGCCAAUUCCAGUCAGCUUUUAUGAAAGCGCUGAAAUUUGCUUUAAGAGAAAAGAUUACCAGCCACAAUUCAAUUUACAUGUACAUAGUGUUUUUGUUGGUGCUUUUUAUUUCACCUCCAAAUUUGGAGAAAUUGAUCUAAAUGUUGGAAAAAGAAAAAAAAUUAAGCACUUGCAGCAAAUCUGCAAAUUGUUAGAAGUUAAGGGCAUUGUGAAUGUAGUUUGUUUGUAAUUCAACAUUUAACUAUAAAGGAUUUGAGGCUAUGAAUUUGUAAGUACAUGUACAUGUAUGUGUAUUGCCCAAAAAAUCUAAAAGUAUGAGCCUGUUUCUUUUUGCCAACUUUGUGUAGUUUAUAUUUUCACAGUCGUAUCUCCUAAACUGUAGACAACUUUGGUGAGUAGAAAGCUGCAUUACAUUUAGUUUGUAAAGGUGGUUUAUUUUUUUUUGUAAAAAUAUGUCAUUGGUGCAUAAAUACAGUAGUUGAAAUAGUCAUUUUGCUUUUCAUGUUUUGCCAUUAUUGUGGCUCAAGAACUGUCCUUGUCGGUGUAUGUCUAAAAACUACAAUAAGCUCUUGUAUUUUUUGACAAUAUGACUCGUAGCAUUUAUACUAAAUUUUGAAGGUUUGAAUUAAGUAUCCAAAACAAUUUUCUGUUCCUUUCUCCAUUUCAUAGACGAUAGUGAUAUCAAAAUACUUCCUUCAAGAGAAUGUGUGAGGAUUGGAAUUACCAAUCUUGUACAGAAAAAAAAAAUGUUAAUACUUGUAAAUAUUUGUCAGAUUUCAGUUUGAAACAGCAAGAAAGUUAAAGGGAACAUACAACAUUUACUUUUGCUGUAAUUUUCAAAAAUGGAUUUUUGUUGGGCAUUGUCAUAAUGUAUACAUGUAAAUAGAACUUCACAGAAGAGGAUUAAUCUGCACAAGAUGUUGUGGGCCUUAAAAUUUAAUUCUUGUUAGUUAGUACAGCAUGUUUAAUUAGAUUAUUCAUUUAUUCCCCUGUUCUUGAUAUUUUCUCGUAGUCUUAUAAGGAUUAAAAUAAUUUUAUUUUAGAGGGAUUAAAUUUGCAAGAUUUGAAUGCUAGUUGUACAAAGUUAUAAUUAAGCCAGUAAUUGGCAUUUGAUGAUCGGUAGAGUUAUCUUUGGGAAGUUUGGGAAGUAUAUCAUAAGUCAAUCCUGUCAAUCAAAACUCCAAUUGUUUGCAUAAGGACCACAUUGACUUUUGAUGACCAAUCUUUUUGUGUUUUGAAUUUCAAAGAAUUUUUAGGUGUACAUGUACAUUUUUCUUUCCCUUAUAAUCAGUUUGAAUUUCUAAUUUUCUGAUUUUGAACUUCACAUUUUCAGCACUUAAAAUGUCCUAUGAUUAGAUAUUAGUACAUGAGUGAAACUUUUCAUUAAAAUUAAAUGAAAUGAAAUGCUUGAUCAUUCGCAAGACUUGUUAUUAAACUUUAUUUUAUGAGAUCUUGA